ACUCGGACUGUUCCUCGGCAACCGUGACGUCGCUGUGCCCACCAAUCGGAGAGCUCGCAGGACCGACGUUCCUAUCGCGAGGUUAUCACGUUAGCUUGGUUGGCUAGCUAGCCGCGAAAAGCUUGACUGUGUACCCACAGUUUACAGUUGUUGUUUUUUUAAUUCUUCUUAAAACACCGAGAGGGGCCGCGCAUUGCUGUUUGAUCACUGUCUUCUCGCGCCUGCAAGAAAGGAUAAUCGCCGGACCGUGUGUUUGCACGGUACAAACUGUGACCGAGCUGUGUCAGCCUUGCUCACGUUUUGCUGUAUUACCCAUGGAUUUAAUACUUUUCAGCAUCCCAAUGAUGAGUUAUGCUGAAAAGCCAGAAGACAUCACAAAAGAAGAGUGGAUGGACAAACUAAACAAUGUUCACAUACAGAGGGCGGACAUGAAUCGGCUCAUUAUGAAUUACCUGGUGACAGAGGGAUUUAAAGAGGCAGCGGAGAAGUUUCGGAUGGAGUCCGGUAUCGAGCCGAGUGUGGACCUGGACUCUCUGGAUGAAAGGAUAAAGAUUAGAGAGAUGAUCCUGAAGGGACAGAUACAGGAAGCUAUUGCACUCAUCAACAGCCUACACCCAGAGCUGCUUGACACCAAUCGAUACUUGUAUUUUCAUCUGCAGCAGCAACAUUUGAUUGAGUUAAUCAGGCUAAGGGAGACUGAGUCAGCACUGGAGUUUGCCCAGACACAGCUGGCCGAGCAGGGGGAGGAGAGCCGGGAGUGUCUGACGGAGAUGGAGAGGACACUAGCCCUUCUGGCCUUCGACAACCCAGAGGAGUCGCCCUUUGGAGACCUGCUCAACAUGAUGCAGCGGCAAAAGGUGUGGAGCGAGGUGAACCAAGCUGUGCUGGACUAUGAAAACAGGGAGUCGACACCCAAACUGGCUAAACUGCUGAAGUUACUGCUGUGGGCACAGAAUGAGCUGGACCAGAAGAAGGUGAAAUAUCCCAAAAUGACUGACCUUAGCACGGGCACCAUCGAGGACCCCAAGUGAACAUAACAGAAAAGAACAACCACCUUCCACGUCUCCUUAAUUUAUGAUCAGUCAGUGACUGUGUGACAACCAGGUAACAUAUAUGUAUAAACAAAUUCUACGUUGUUUUUUCAUGUUUCAUUCAUGAGAAGUAAGACUUAACUCAUUGUGCAGACUGUAAAUUGCUGUAUUUGCAAAGUGACAGAAAUUAUUUAGUUUAAAUACUGAUCCUGGAUUUUCAGAAAGAUCUUGGAGACAACAAAAUUCAAAUUGCUGUUUUAUAUUUUGUCUUUCUAAAGCCUAAGCUUUAUUUAUUGUGACCUCUUUUUCCCCACCAAGAUGUUAUUUUUUCAGAAAGAGAGUUGAUGGUACAGAAGGGCAAUGUUAAUACUGUGGUGUUUGAGGAGCCAAAAUCAAGGCUCGACCGUAAUGGUCCAAACUUUGAAACAGCAGAUACACGGUUACCAUUUUUAGUGAAGUUAUGUUAAGAUUGAGAUGACACACUUAAUCUUAACUGAAAUUAAAAUCUAAAUUUCUUACACAAAAUGUGAAUAUUUUUAAAUUAAACGGAAAGAUACACUUUAUUAAUGUAAUAUAAUUUUAAUUAAUAUAAUAUUUUACGAUUUUAUUUAGUAUGAUGUUUGGCAAUUUGCUAUAAAAUCAACCACUUGAUUUCUACACCUUGAAAUUUAUUUGUACCUUUACAGUAUGUCUAUGGGAUGAACUGCCUUGUAGAAUUAUCAUUUCACAUUUGUGUUUGAGAAGGUGAAAUAGGUCCUGACUGACGAGGUUGAAAUCAGAGAUGGCUUUCUUGCCGAGUUGCGCCCCCCUGGGCCCUUUCGAUUCCCCCAGCAUGCUACAAAUUGUUAUGUUUGGUUUUAUGCUCUAAGGGGCUGAGGUUGCAAUAACGCUCUGCCAGUCUCAGUGAUGGAGCCAGGAUGUAUAUGAGAGAAAGGGCUGCUCCAAUCGAGAAAUGCUAAGGAAUGAGGGGGGAUGAUAUGGCUGCUUUAUAGUUUAAAAUCUGAUAUUUAAAAUCCAGUCCGACCAGAAAUGAUUUUGUUCGUUGGCUUUGUUUUGAUAAUUGAUAGCAAUGAUCAAAAGCAUUGAAAUUUUGAAUCUGAACUGAGGGUCACAGAAACUUGCUGUCCAUUUUGCCACUUUUAACACCGUUAGUAUUUUCACUUUAACUGCAUGUAAGUGUAUUUUUUUUUUUUUACAAUGGGGAAAGGCACUUGUGCUUUUUUAUUUUGUCUUGGUUGGUUUACUUUUCUAUAAGAAAAAAUGAACUUGCUGCUAGCUGUCCAUCCUUAACUUCUUUUAAGGUUUUAUUGUCUAUAUGGAUAUUGGCUUUGACAAACACUGAGAUGCAGAGAGCUCACAUCCCUUUUAUUAUUCAACAUUUUUAAGAUCAGAUUUGCAAUUAUUGAAAUAAACAAAACUUUUGUGAACCAUAAAAGAGCUGUUUUUCAUUCAU